CAUCGGAUGCCAAAACGCCUUUCUGCCAUCAUUAACUUCACCACGACACUCCGAGUAGUAUCAAGGCGGCCCGUGAGUGGGUCAGGAACUCGCGCGGUGCUCAUAUACUCAGAAACAGACGAAUCUAGAAUUAAAUGGCUCAUGCCAGGGAUGCAGUCAAAGCAGUGCACAAAUAGAGACAACCAGAAAACGCAGAAAACAAAGGCUCAAAUUCGCCGUUCCAAAGCCGUAGCACCAUAACGAGUGAUGGGAGCAUAAUGACAAGAGUAGAUGUAAAAUGUUGAAGGAGGGUCGCUCCGAGAGGUCCAGCCCGUUCAGAUUCAACUGGCC